AUGGCCGCCGCCUCGGGCUGUGCCGUUUGCCCGCCAGAGGGGCGCGGGUCGGCCCGGGGCACGGCUGCCCCGGCGACUAAGGACGCCGCCUCUGCCGCGGAUGUGGACUCCCCCGGCGGGGAUCGUUUGGCCCGGGGGGGUGCCCUGCCCGGCCGCUGUGGCGGACCUUGGGUCGCCCGCUCUUCGGCCUCGCAGUGGGUGGGUCCCCGGCGGCGGGUCUCGGGCCGCAGUGGCCGCGUUGCGCCAGUGGACUGUGCCAUUUCCCGCGGAGCCCGGCAGGUGUCAUGCCCAAAAAGAGGAAAGAAACUGUAUGAAGGUAAGGACUUUGGGGACAUCUUUACCCUGAGUUCAUCUGUUAAUGAAAACAGGAAGAAUCACCUUGGAGAGAAACUAUAUAAAUGCACUGAAUGUGGCAAAUGCUUCAAACGGAACUCUUCUCUUGUGUUGCAUCACCGAACUCACACUGGAGAAAAACCUUACACUUGUAAUGAAUGUGGAAAAUCGUUUUCCAAGAACUACAACCUGAUUGUGCAUCAAAGAAUCCAUACAGGAGAGAAGCCCUAUAAAUGCAAUAAAUGUGGGAAAGCCUUCAGUGAUGGGUCAGCUCUCACACAACACCAGAGAAUUCACACUGGUGAGAAACCUUAUGAAUGUCUAGAAUGUGGGAAAACCUUCAAUCGAAAUUCAUCUCUGAUUUUGCAUCAAAGAACUCAUACAGGAGAAAAACCAUAUAGAUGUAAUGAGUGUGGGAAACCUUUUACUGACAUCUCCCACCUCACUGUGCAUCUCAGAAUCCACACCGGGGAGAAGCCCUAUGAAUGUAGCAAAUGUGGAAAGGCUUUCCGGGAUGGCUCAUACCUUACCCAACAUGAGAGGACUCACACCGGAGAGAAGCCCUUUGAAUGUGUGGAGUGCGGGAAGUCCUUCAACCGAAAUUCUCACCUCAUUGUACAUCAGAAGAUCCACUCUGGGGAGAAACCCUACGAAUGUAAAGAGUGUGGGAAAACGUUCAUUGAGAGUGCUUACCUCAUCCGGCACCAGAGGAUUCAUACUGGUGAGAAGCCCUAUGGCUGUAACCAGUGUCAGAAACUUUUUAGGAACAUUGCUGGCCUCAUCCGGCACCAGAGGACUCAUACUGGUGAGAAGCCCUAUGAGUGUAAUCAGUGUGGCAAAGCUUUCAGGGACAGCUCCUGUCUGACCAAGCACCAGAGAAUUCACACAAAGGAGACCCCAUACCAGUGUCCUGAAUGUGGAAAGUCGUUCAAGCAGAACUCUCACCUGGCGGUACAUCAGAGACUCCACAACAGGGAGGGUCCCAGCCAGUGUCCUCAGUGUGGAAAAACAUUCAGAAGGAGCUCGUCCCUCAUCCGACAUCAAAGAACACACUCUGGAGAAGAGAAUCCUUAUAAAUGCAAUAAUUGUGGGAAAGCCUUCAGUGCCAGCUCUUCGCUUAUCAAGUAUAAGAGGACCCACACAGGAGAGAAGCCUCACGAGUGCAACCAGUGUGGGAAGUCUUUCAACCACCACUCUUCCCUUGUUUUGCAUCACAGAAUCCAUACUGGAGAAAAAACAUAUAGGUCCAGCGCGCACGCGCAGUUUGACCUAACGCCAUCGCGCCGAGCUCCUGGCGGCUGGAACCGGCCUGGGACCACUACGCAGGAGGUGGGUCUGGCAGGCGGCCGGGGGGCGCUACGAUGUGCUUUUCCCGAGCGGAUCGUAGCGGUCCCGCGAGUGUGCGCCGCGCAGCUGCAUUCGGAGGAGUUGUCUGUGGGGGUACAGGGGGAGCCUGGGCUCCAGGAAAUUUCCAUCCCCAUCUGA